AUAUAGCACUAGUUAUUUCACAUUCGUCUAUCAUCAAGAUUAACUAUUUGUUCGAACAACGGAACAAACCUAGGGGUACUCUCUUAAAUGGGCUAUAUAGGUACGGCCCUAAAGGGCAUGGUUUUUAAUUCGUUCUGGUCAGAAAUAGGGAAUCAAUUUUGGCCAUUUUGGUCUCAAUAGGGCAUGGGUUUUGCACUUUAGUUUUGAACAGGGUAUAUAUUGUUUUAGAAGAAGCUACUUUUUCAUCAUUAUCGAUAAGACCAUCAACAAAAGCCUUUCACCAUGCCUUUAACAUUGGUCUGAACUAGCCAACUAAUUAUAGGGCAGAUCCGAAACAUGGUCUUCACUAGGGUAUGAAAUUUCUGUUCAGGUCAUAAAUAGGGUAGGGAAAAUCGCAGAUUUUGGUCUUAAAUAGGUUAAGGGUUUUGGAAACCGGGCCCCACACCCCCCACCUAAUUUUUCUGAGAGUACACUCCCAGGGAAAACAGACAAAUCAAUUGAAUUUGUAUAACAGUAAUCAGCGGUGAUUGUUUGUCUUGUAUCCUUUAAGUUCACGGAUUUUGUACUCCUGCUACCUGUCUUCUUCCAAUAAGUUGACACUUUCGUACGACUAUGUCGGUAUUCACAGCACGUACUGAUCGUAUCUCUGUAUUUGCAGACGUGGGAUGACAAUCUCGCCAACUUAGCUCAGAUGUGGGCAAAUAAGUGCAUAUGGGAUCAUGGAUUUGUGAAGUUCGGUGACCAGUAUCCUUAUCCCGUUACCUUUACAGGACAAAUAGGUCAAAAUCUCGCGCGCGAGGCGGGCGAGCUUGACAAUCCAGAAAGUCGCGUGGAGAGAUGGUACAAUGAAUACAAGAAAUACACGUACAGCAAGUUUCAGAGCCCAAUGAGCUCCGCUGUCUGUUCCUCAGGAGUAUGCGGACAUUACACGCAACUUGCGUGGGCAAAGUCCAAGUAUGUUGGAUGUGCAGUAGCUUUUUGUGCUAACUUUUUCCCAAGUUAUGGCCUUGGAGGGACAAUGGUCGCUUGUGACUAUGGCCCAACAGGUAACAUGAUUGGCGAAUAUCCUUACAAGACAGGAACUCCAUGCACUAAAUGCGCCUCUGGUAGAGGAUUCUGCUACAAGAAUCUAUGCAGAGAAUGUGCCGACUUCGACCAACAUUGUGGUAAAACAACAGGUUUCCCAAAAUCCAUGUGUUCAACACAACCAGACUUAAUGGAGAGGAUGUGCCCAAAAAUGUGCAACUUAUGCAGGUGCCCUUUGAAAUGUCUUAAUGGCGGAACAGUAAACCUUCAGGAGUGUGUUUGUGCCUGUCCGUCUGGUUGGCGGGGUAUGGACUGUUCAGCGAAGGAAUGCCCGCCUGGUUAUUACGGAGAAAACUGUGAAAAUCGCUGUUAUGACCGUGCUGGAAAGGAAACUUGUGAGUGGCGCGUGGCGAAUGGGCACGACUGUAAAGCGGCUUAUAUGGAAUAUGACUGCGCUGCUACCUGUGGAUAUUGCGAUGACGGCAGUAAAAUUACCACAACGCCACCUCCAGUUGUAGUAGUUAUUCCAACAACAUCUCCGGUAACAGUCCCUCCCCCGGCUACAACACAACCUGAAGUAGUGAGUUAUCCAAUACCAGCUGCGCCUCAAGUUUUCUCAGUAUCAGCAUGUAUAACCGACCUAGAGUCGUCCUGUGAAGGAUGGGCAGCGGUGGGUGAGUGCGAAAAAAACCCGUUAUGGAUGAUACCGAAUUGUUGCGUCAGCUGUAAAUACCAUAAUGCUCCAAAAGACUGCAUUGAUUCAUCUGAAAAAUGCGCUUCGUGGGCCUUCAAUGGGGAAUGUGAAGGAAACCGAGUGUGGAUGACAAAAAACUGUAGAAAGAGCUGCAACGUGUGUGGAGAUUGCAAAGACACAGAUGACAGGUGUCCAUCUUGGGCUUUAUUGGACGAAUGCAGCUCGGGAAGCAGAAUAACAUGGAUGAACACCAACUGUAGAAGGAGCUGCGGCUUGUGCAAAGUUUAUGACAGAUACAACGAUUGCCCCGCCUGGUCGGCGAUGGACGAAUGUAAAAAGUCUAAUUGGACUUGGAUGGUGGAUAAUUGUCCUAGGAGCUGCUACGUUCCUUUUUCAGAAACCUCGUUUUGCGGUGGAAAAGAAAAUGGUAAUUACCAGGCCCCCACCACAUGCCUAGGAUACAUUGCGUGUUCAAAUGGCGUCACAAGUCACGUGGCCUGUCCCACGGGGAAGAAGUUCGACACAGUUAAGAGAAUUUGCGAGACAGCGGAUAGGGCCAUCUGUAAAGUGAUUAUCCCGAGUAAAACGUCAAAGUGGUGGAAAAUGAUUGCCACUUUGUAAUUACAGUGGAACCCCGUUAAUGCAGUCAACAAAGGGUCAUGAAAAUUUGGCCACAUUAAUGGGAUAGGGUCAAAUUUCAUGACUGGUCUAAACUGAGUGACGUCUUAACAGAGAUACCAUAAUUGCACUUCUGAACAACUGUUCUUUAACAAGCAUCCGGAAUU